UCUACACAAACGGAAAAAACAACUCUGUUCAUAACCCUCUUAAGAACAACUAGAAAAAAGAAAAAGAAAAGCACAGGAAACAAGAAAUGGAAAAAACAGCAGCUCUGAAUGCUUCUUUUACUUCAUAUUCUUUGUCUUUUAACAAGAUUUUAACUCCUAAAAAUUCCAUGGCAGCAGUUAGUUUUUUGGCUUCUUUUUCACCAAGAAUUCACUCCUUAUCUUCACCUUUUCCUUCACUUUCCAUCAAACCAAAGCGACCCACAAACACUUUUCAAGUGAGAUCAGUGGCUGCUCCAACAGAAGAUGUUGCAGGGUUUGAUGACAUGGUUUCCGGGAAGCAACGUAAGUAUUACAUGCUAGGCGGCAAGGGAGGUGUAGGAAAGACAAGUUGCGCUGCUUCAUUAGCUGUAAAAUUCGCAAAUAAUGGACAUCACACUCUUGUUGUCUCAACCGAUCCAGCUCAUUCGUUGUCUGAUUCUUUCGCGCAGGAUUUGACUGGAGGAAUGCUAGUACCAGUUGAAGGACCCGACUUUCCCUUGUUUGCUCUUGAAAUAAACCCGGAGAAGGCUAGGGAAGAAUUUAGGGAUGCAGCUAAGAACAAUGGUGUAACUGGGGUCAAAGAUUUUAUGGAUGGCAUGGGCCUCGGGAUGCUUGCCGAACAGUUAGGAGAGCUGAAAUUGGGAGAGCUACUGGACACUCCACCUCCCGGUUUAGAUGAAGCGAUUGCAAUUUCAAAGGUGAUGCAAUUUCUUGAUUCGCCACAAUAUAGCAAGUUUACUCGAAUAGUUUUUGACACUGCACCAACAGGACAUACUUUGCGACUUUUGUCUUUGCCAGACUUCUUGGAUGCAUCCAUAGGCAAGAUAUUGAAGCUUAGAGAGAAGAUAGCAUCAGCCACCUCAGCCAUUAAAUCUGUUUUCGGACAAGAAGAAACCCGUCAAAAUGCUGCUGACAAGUUGGAGCAGCUGAGGGAGCGGAUGGUGAAAGUGAGAGACCUUUUCCGUGACACAGAUUCUACCGAGUUUGUCAUCGUCACAAUCCCCACGGUGAUGGCAGUCAGCGAGUCAUCUAGGUUUCGAGCCUCCUUGAGCAAGGAAAAUGUUCCAGUCCGGAGACUUAUUGUUAAUCAGAUUCUUCCCCCUUCGGCCUUCGACUGCAAAUUUUGUGCAGUGAAAAGGAAGGAUCAGAUGCGCGCACUUGAUAUGAUUCGGAACGAUCCUGAGCUAUCGAGCUUGAAGUUAAUCCAGUCGCCCCUAGUUGACAUGGAGAUUAGGGGUGUUCCAGCACUUAAAUUUAUGGGGGACUUUGUAUGGAAAUAAAGAAACAUUUUGAGGCUAAUUGGUACACAAAAACAUUCUCUAUCAAAGGCUUGAUAUUUAUUUUUAAAAAAUAGAUAAUUAAUUAAUGUCCUAAAAAAAACUUCUUUUGAGCAGCAGUAUUGGCUUACUAUUUGAUUUGCCAAGCUUGGGUCGAGUUUAGGUAUUUUGUUUGCUAUUAAUAUUACUAGAUUUAUAGGGUUCAAACUAUACGUUACUUUUCUAGCAAGUAACAAGGAUGCUUAUAAAAGUCGUAGUUAAUCGAAGUUGCUGAUUAA